AAGACCAAUUCUCUUUGGCUUCGGCCAAUCCAAUAAAAUCACUUGUGUCUUGUGGUGGGGCAGCAGCGUACGGUACAAGUCAAGCUUGCCCGAUAACAACCUUUCACCACCGCCAUCAUCCACCACGGGCAACAUCACUUCCUUUCGCAGUCGGAGCCGUAAAUCGGUCAUGGCUGCCUCCGCCGGUACGAAACCUCUAACAUCUUCCUCAUCGUCUUCUGCUACUGCUGCUCCUCCUCCUGAUUCGUUCGAUAUGUCCUCUGGAUUUCCACCCAAGCUGUCACUCAAACCCGAUCAACUCCGUUACUGCGUCCAAGCUCUCAAAAUUUUCAAGGAAAAGCGUACUGAUCAGUGUUCAGUAAUUGAGAAAGAGUUCUCCAUUUUGCAGGAUCAUAGGAUGAGAUCUUCAGAAGUUAAUAAUAGUUGCUCGGUGGCUAAACUAAAAGUCAAUUCUAGAAAAAAUCGCUACUCAGAUGUUGUUCCAUUUGAUGCAAACAGAGUUGUUCUUGAUCCAUGCAAAGAUCACAGGUCAUCAACAAUGGGAUACAUCAAUGCUAGUCUUAUCACAGCAGAGGCUAAUCCAUCUGAAAGUGUAUCUCGAUUCAUAGCCACUCAAGGCCCUCUUCCUGAAACCUUUGAAGAUUUCUGGGAAAUGGUACUCCAAAAUCAUUGUCCAGCAAUUAUCAUGCUCACUCGCCUAGUUGACCACCACAGGAUCCAGAAGUGUGGAGACUAUUUUCAAGCAGAAAAUGGUCCAAGAUUGUUUGGCAAUAUAUGUACAAAUACCAGAAGAAUAACCACAACCGAUAGCUCACUAGUGUUACGCCAUAUGGAGGUGAAUUAUGAAGAGUCUGAGGGUCCUCCUCUACCUGUUUUGCAUAUUCAAUAUCCAGAAUGGCCUGAUCAUGGAGUUCCAGAUGACACGUCAGCAGUUCGAGACAUUUUUAGAAGAUUACGUAAUCUACCCUCAUCAAAAGGACCAAUCGUGGUGCAUUGCAGUGCAGGAAUCGGUAGAACUGGAACAUAUUGUGCAAUUCAUAACACAAUUCAAAGAAUUUUAAUUGGUGACAUGUCUGCUUUGGAUCUUGUUAAAACCAUAGCCACUUUCAGAUCACAAAGGAUGGGGAUGGUCCAAACAUUGGAUCAAUACUUCUUCUGCUAUGAAGCUAUUGUUGAUGAACUUGAAGACCUUAUCUCAGAUUCCAACAUUCAAUCAAGGUCAAAAUGAUUUUGAUCACGAGUCAAAUUCGUGGAGUCAAAUGCAAGAUUUGAUGGGUGUGAUUGUUGAGGUGUAAGGCAAUUAUGAAAUGACAUGUUUAACCCUCCUGCUUCAUGUUUUAAUUGGUUGGUUUAGGUGUGAUUAGUGAUAGUAGCAAUUAAUCUGAUGUGAUUGUGCUUGGUGAUUUCUGAUAAUAAAUCCCUAAUGAUCCUUGAAUUUUGGGAUUUUGUACAUCACCAUGUGCAAUCUGAUUGAGAUUCUGCUUUAUUUGUUCUCUGUAAAAUGACAUCUUUAACUUCUCCUCCAGUAGCUCAACCCUUUUACAUGGGAAAAGCCAUUUGGUAUUAUUGAAAAUUAGGUUAAAUAAA